UUAGCUUCAAAAUGGCGGCAAGUACGGAAGAAGAAAGUUUGCAAUCAAAUUCCAUGUCCGAAAAAAGCAGCUUAUCGUUUGAAAAGCAAGAGGAUAGCGAGGGAAGACGCAUGGUACUCUUUAGGAAAGUGAUGAAGAAAUGUCUGGACAAAAUUAUGGCUGCUGGAAGUCAGGAAAAGUUUGCCAACUGCUUUACUGCAAUGAGAGAAAAAAAUCCAGCUGAGUUUAGGAAUAUCACGGAACAACUGAUGGAGCAUCUGCAGAAUAACAUUGAGAAAGAAAUUGACUUGAUGAUUAAACAGGAAGAUCUGGUACAUUUCUUUAAUGAGCUUGAUCAUAUUGUGGCAGCCUCUAAUAAAGAAGAUUCACAACCAGCAUGGAGGCCCUCAGGAGACCCAGAAAAAGAUGUUAUUGAUCAUGUCAUGCAAGUUAAGCUAGCUUACAAAGAGCAACUGAAGCAUAUCCUUCAACAGGUUGAAAGUGAAAAUGAAAAGUUAAAGGAGGAAGUUUUGCCAAAGCGAGAUAAGUUACUGGAGAGUGAAAGACGCAUAAAUGAAAAAACAAAUAGCUUGAGAGAGGCAGCUGAAUACUGCAUAGAAAACAACUCUGCAGUCCUCCAUGAUCAGUCAGUUCUUCUCUCAACUUGACAAAGAACCCAAUUUGUAGUAUACUUUGAAUUUACCACUGAUCUUCAUGAACACAUUUCAGCACUGUUAAGAUGUGUUAUAAACAGUAGAUGUUUUAGGAAUCACAAUGUAAUUCUUAUUCCAUGAAGGCAUAAUACUGAAAAUAAAGUGAGAUGUAAAUACAGCAUA